UCCCUGGCAUCUCUAUGUAAAAAGGUUGUCCGUAGAAGUACUAAGAAAAAAAUCUGCCUAAAACCCUGGGGAAAAACAUACAGGAGUAGAACAAGAGAAAGACCAAACAAGAGAUGGAUUGAUUCCAUAAAGGAAGCCACAGACUUGAACUUACAAGACCUGAACAGGGUGGUUUAUAAAAGAUGUUAUUGGAGGUUGCUGAUUCAUAGGGUCACCAUAAGUCGUAAUCGACUUGAAGGCACAUAACAACAAAAAUCCUGGAGAGUCAUUGACAGUCAAAGUAGACUAUACCAAGAAACAGAUGAUGCCAUGCGCUCCUUUGCAGAGAAGGUCUUUGCCUCAGAAGUGAAGAAUGAAGGGGGGCGGCAUGAAAUCUCUCCCUUUGAUGUGGAAGAUGUCUGCCCCAUAUCACACCAUGAAAUGCAACAACACAUGAUCAAGCAGGAGGACAGCCCAACUGAUACUCAGAAACAGAAGAAGAGGCUCUUGCGACUGAAGACCAUAGCACUGCUUGUUCCUACGAUAGAAAAGUCUUUAACCAAACUGUCCACCCUAGAUGAGGUCAUCUCCACCAAUGCUCUGUAUCAAGCUGUUCCCAAAUUCCAGCGUGUCCAGAUCACAGGGGACUAUGCUGCAGGGGUGAGAGUGGAGGACUUUGAGCUGGUCUGCAGAGGUCUGUACCGUGCCCUCUGUAUCCGAGAGAAGUAUAUGCAGAAAUCUUUGCAGCAUUUCCCCAAAACGCCCUCCCAGUUCCUACGCACCAUUGAGGGUGAGGUGUGGAAGCCCAAUGAUGAUCUGCUGCCAGCGUUCACUUCACCUGUAAAGAAAGAUGAAGAUCCUUUCCGGUCUGACAAUUUCCCUGAGAAUCUGGGCUACCAUGUGGAAAUGAAUGAAGGUGUGGUGUAUGUCUAUGUUGACAAAGCAGCCUCUGCCAGGGGUGAGCCCAAGGACCUGUCCUACCCUAAUCGGGAUGUCUUCCUUGAUGACAUGAACUUCCUGCUGGCCCUUAUAGCUCAGGGGCCUGUUAAAACCUACACACACCGACGCCUUCGGUUCCUCUCCUCCAAGUUUAGUGUGCAUGAAAUGCUGAAUGAGAUGGAAGAGAUGAAAGAGGUGAAGAACAACCCCCAUAGGGACUUCUAUAAUUGUCGUAAGGUAGAUACGCACAUCCAUGCUGCAGCUUGCAUGAAUCAGAAGCACUUGCUGCGAUUCAUUAAGAAGUCUUACCAUGAAGAUUCUGAAAGGGUGGUGUACAAAUCCAAGGACAAGACGUUGACACUCAAACAGCUCUUUGAGCAGCUCAAGCUUCACCCCUAUGACCUGACUGUGGACUCACUUGAUGUGCAUGCAGGCCGGCAGACCUUCCAGCGCUUUGACAAGUUCAAUGCCAAGUAUAACCCAGUGGGUGCCAGUGAGCUGCGUGAUCUCUACCUCAAGACUGAAAACGCCAUCAAUGGCGAAUACUUUGCCACCAUCAUCAAGGAGGUUGGCUCUGACCUAGAGGAUGCUAAGUACCAGUAUGCAGAGCCACGGCUCUCCAUCUAUGGGCGUUCAGCAGAAGAGUGGCCAAAAUUAGCCAGCUGGUUCAACACACACCGUGUUUAUUCACCCAAUAUGAAGUGGAUGAUCCAAGUGCCCAGAAUCUAUGAUGUGUUCAGGACAAAGAACUUUCUGCCACACUUUGGGAAGAUGCUGGAGAACAUUUUUCUGCCAGUGUUUCAGGCGACAAUCAACCCCCAGGACAACAAGGAGCUGAGUGUGUUUCUACGCCAUAUUACUGGUUUUGACAGUGUGGAUGAUGAGUCCAAGCACAGCGGACACAUGUUCUGUACCAAGAGCCCCAAGCCGGAGGAGUGGACCCAAGAGAAUAAUCCUUCCUACACAUAUUACUUAUACUAUAUGUAUGCCAACAUCAUGGUGCUCAAUCAUCUCCGACGGGAGCGUGGCAUGAACACUUUUCUGUUCCGUCCUCACUGUGGAGAAGCUGGUGCUCUCACCCACCUAUUGGCUGCCUUCAUGACUGCAGAUAAUAUCUCCCAUGGCCUGAACCUCAAGAAGAGUCCUGUGCUGCAAUAUCUUUACUUCCUAGCCCAAAUCCCCAUCGCCAUGUCCCCACUCAGCAACAACAGUCUCUUCCUAGAGUAUGCCAAGAACCCACUUCUUGAUUUCCACCAGAAGGGCUUGAUGGUGUCACUAUCCACUGAUGACCCUAUGCAGUUCCACUACACCAAGGAGCCUCUCAUGGAAGAAUAUGCCAUUGCUGCCCAAGUCUUCAAGCUCAGCACCUGUGACAUGUGUGAGAUUGCACGCAACAGUGUUCUGCAAUCAGGCAUGUCUCAUGAGGAAAAGCUCCAUAUACUAGGACAGAAUUACCAAGAAGAGGGACCACAGGGUAACAACCUCCACAAGACCAACGUGGCUCAGAUCCGCAUGGCCUACCGCUAUGAGACAUGGUGCUAUGAGCUUGAUCUCAUAGCUGAGGGGCUGAAAAGUACUGAAGAGAACUGAAGCUUGCCACACCAGAUGCCUGCUGGAACCACAGAGCAGGCUUGAGUAAGGAAAACAGCAGAGCCAUGCAACACCAGGCAACUGCAGUGGUUGGAGUAGGGGAAUCAUUAAAGCCUCCAACAUUGUUGUUUCAGAUUAUAUACAGUCUAAAAUAAAAUAGCAAUAUGCGUAGUGUGUUUACUAA